GGGGCACGCUCGCGCGGCUCGGCCUCAGCGCGCUUAACUCGUAUGACGGGCACUCAAUAGCGCCGGUCAUCUGGGCGCAGGGCGUCGGCUGCUUCGUCAUGGGCUGGGCACUGGGGAAUCGCGCCGAGAUCGAGUCUAGAUACGCCCCGCUCUACACUGCCAUCGCGACGGGGCUUUGCGGGAGCAUCACGACCUUCAGCGUGUGGAUCCUGGAGGUGUUCCGCGCCUUUGGCGACCAGAAGCACUACAGCCGCAGCGGCCUGCAGAAUGUGCUCGACGCGCUCACGCAGACGCUCGCCACGCUGGCCGUCGCACACGCCUGCCUCGUCGCCGGCGAGCACUUCUCGCGCGCUGUCAGCGUUGCUAGGCUGCUGCGCGUGUGCGGACAGGGAAGGCCCGACUCCGCCGAAGCAUCAGCUCAAGAAUCGCCAAACGGGAGCCCGGGUCCGCCUGCUGCAGGCCACGCCAAGCCUGCUGGCCAUUCAGCGACGACACCGUGGCUCGACCUCAGCUGUCUCGCCCUCGGUCUCGCUCUGUGGGUCGGGGCUGCGCUGCUGUGCGCCCUGUACGCGCCCUGGCGGCACGUCACCUUCUCCCUGGUGCUCGCCCCGCCUGGCACGAUCCUGCGCUGGUACCUCUCGCGGCUCAAUGCGCACCCACGCUCCAAUCGUCUGCGGCUGCCACUCGGCACGCUCGCAGCCAAUCUCCUCGCCACGGCCAUCGUAUGCGCCGCCUUCGUCCUCCAGCGCGUGGGGCGCGCGCCGGGCGUCGGAACGCGGGGGGCGUUCACCGCUCUCGGCUGUGCUGCGGCGUACGGACUCGAGCAGGGCUUCUGCGGCUGCCUCAGCACCAUCUCCACCUUCGCCGUCGAGCUGCGCGCCUGUCGGCCACGGCACGCAGUGUGGUAUGCCUCGGCCAGCUGGCUCGCAGGCAUCGCCCUGUGUGUCGUGCUCAUUGGCGGCCCGUGGUGGAGCAUUGGCAUGGACGGCAGCUGUGUCACCCUGUACCCCGUGGCGUGAUGCCGCACUGAAUGCAUAGAGUCCUCUG